AUGACAGGAGUCGUGACGGAGGUGAUUAUGAAGGUGCGACCACGGCCUCCGUGUCAGAAGUAUGGCUCAGUGGUGUUCUCCGGCUUCGAGACGGGCGUGGCCUGCCUGAGGGAGGUUGCCAGGCAACGCUGCGCACCCGCCUCCAUCCGCCUCGUCGACAACGAACAGUUCAUCUUCGGACAAGCUCUCAAACCAGAGGUAAACUCGAUUAUACAGUCGUUUGUUGACGGCAUAAAAAAGAUCUACUUAACGAAGUGGAAAGGCUUCGAUCCGAAACAAAUGUGCGUCGCAACGCUACUGUUCGAGGGAACCCACAAGGAUGUGGAAGUGCAAGAGAAAAAAGUGUAUGAAAUUGCUUCUAUGUUUGGGGGACUGCCAGCAGGCGAGGAAAAUGGGCAGAGAGGCUAUGACUUGACCUUUCUCAUCGCCUACAUAAGGGAUCUCGGCUUUCACUACGGCGUGAUCUCGGAGUCGUUUGAGACGAGCGUUCCAUGGGACAGGGUCGUUGACCUCUGCCGUAAUGUCAAGGACAGACUGCACAGGGAAUGCAAGGCUAGGGGCAUUCCACAUCCACCUUUCGCUUCGUGCAGAGUUACGCAGCUGUACGAUGCAGGUGCUUGUGUUUACUUCUACUUUGCUUUCUGCAUUCGUGGCCUCGCUAAUCCAGUAAGCGUCUAUGAGGAGAUAGAGACUGCUGCAAGAGACGAGAUUUUGGCUUGUGGAGGCAGCAUUUCCCAUCAUCAUGGCGUCGGCAAGCUGAGGCAGAGGUGGCUAGCGCAGACGGUCUCCGGCGCCGGACUAGGUCUGCUGAGGGCUGUCAAGCAACACCUGGAUCCCCAGAACAUCUUCGGUUCCGGAAACUUGCUCGGCGCCGCCGCCGCCGCCGGACCCGCGUCGAAACUGUGAUGCGAUCGCUGCUGACGCUGCGCUACGGUAGCGCCACCUGUGAGCCUCGUCGUGGGGCCGCGGGACGUCGCGCUUCGUGCAUAGAUCGAUUAACGAGUGUGCGGAUUUCGAGUCGACGCGUGCAGAGUUCGAUGACUUUUUGCAAUUUUUUUAAUUUUUGCAAUGUUGAUGUUGCCGAUGGCACGUGCUGUGUGUCUGUGCUUUUGAUUUAGCGUGUACGCGAAACAUCACGCUAGUUAGAGCGCUAGAAUUUCUUUUGUUUAUGGACAGCUUCAGUUGUGUUGCGGACUAGGAUGCACAUCAGUGCUUACUUUGUGUGUUUAUGCCGUCAUAAGUUGAUGUGGUUAUACACCAGAUGGCAGCAGCUGAUGUUGCCGUGCAGAAAUUUUGUUGAAGCCACGUGAAAGGUUAUUGUCUUUUGCCUAGCUUACGGUGUGCCAAUUUCUUACGAAAUAAUUUCUGCUAACUUGAGUAGUUGUGUGCUUGGCAUAGAUACGGGUGGUAGGUGCAUGAGUUCUGAACUGCCUAAAUAAUGGCUUGAUGCUGAAUUAGUACAUUUAGCCCGAAAUCUGCUUCUGUGAUGCUACUUUGUGAUAUAAGGACUAUCGUGAAGGUAACCGGUUGUUCAGCUUGUGCAAAAAUUCUGUGAAAUCUGUGGGAAGUAAAACCUUUCCCCACCAAUCCAGCUCUUCUAGUGGAUUUAAAAAAACCAUUCGUUUAAAACAGAGUGGCAUUGAAUAAAAUAUUUAUUUACGUACAUGAUUUGCUUGAAUAAUAAAUAAUCAAAAACUA